GGUAGUCUCGGAGGAACCAAACGCACGCACGGGGACCAACGCGACAAAGCCAAGAAGUGGAAGCCGGCGUGCGGAGGCGUGAUGCGGAGAGAGAAACCACUCUUCCACCAAACCCUUGCCCCAGCCAUGGAACUCGCCCGCCGAGCCGCUCAUCGGCCCGACGCCGGCGACAUCUACGGCAUUCCCACCCCUUCCCCUGAUGCGCACACGAUGAUACAAGAGCUCCAACGGGAACUCUUGCACGAGGAAAUCCGCCAGCGAAUCAUCGUGGCCGAACUGGCCAAGCAGCAGGAGCUGGAGCCUGAAUUCCGGCGCGAAUUCUUGUACAGUGAUGUCGAUGCCAGGUUCGGGCAGAUCACAAUGCCCCACCAUGGCACAUCCCCUUUGCCUCAUGAUGAGCCACUGGACGUGCCCGCGUCAAUUGAGAGACAGCCCGUUAAAGAUCGGAUUGAGGAAUGGUAUCGACCUCCAUGGUGCAGGCCAGCGAGCGAGAAUGAACCAAUCGUCAGGGCUAAGCGGCACAAACAGGCACUUUCUGGGGUGAAGAGGAAACGGAGUGCAGAAACUCCAUCAUGGAUUUGCAGCGUCUGCGACGCGAAUUGCUACAAUGAAACAGAUUUACAGAAUCACUUAAGAGGCAGAAGGCACCAAAGGAACAUAGAAGCUCUGCAGGGAGAAGGCAAGGGAGCUGAAGCGAGGCUGCAUGAAAGGGAAGUGCCCCAGCCUCCGGAGAAGAACCUGAAACCAGUGUCAACAUGGUUGUGCAGCAUCUGCGAUGCGAACUGCACAUCUCAAUCUGACCUCGAAAAUCACCUCCGAGGCAGAAGGCACCAAAAGAAGAUAGAAGCUUUUCAGGGAGAAGGCAAGGGAAGUGAACCAAGGCUGCAUGAAAAGAAAAUGCCCCAGCUUGCGGAAAAUAACCAGAAACCAGUGUCAAGAUGGAUGUGCAGCAUCUGCAGUGCUAAAUGCAAAUCUCAAUCUGACCUCUCGAGUCACCUCCGAAGCAGAAGGCACCAAGAGAACAUAGAAGCUUUUCAGGGAGAAGGCAAGGGAAGUGAAGCAAGGCUGCAUGAAAAGAAAAUGCCCCAGCUUGCGGACAAUAACCAGACACCAGUGUCAAGAUGGAUGUGCAGCAUCUGCAGUGCUAACUGCAAAUCUCAAUCUGACCUCUCGAGUCACCUCCGAAGCAGAAGGCACCAACAGAACGUAGAAGCUUUUCAGGGAGAAGGCAAGGGAAGUGAAGCAAGGCUGCAUGAAAAGAAAAUGCCCCAGCUUGCGGACAAUAACCAGACACCAGUGUCAAGAUGGAUGUGCAGCAUCUGCAGUGCUAACUGCAAAUCUCAAUCUGAACUCUCGAGUCACCUCCGAAGCAGAAGGCACCAACAGAACAUAGAAGCUCUGCAGGGAGAUGGCAAGGGAACUGAAGCGUCAAGAUGGAUGUGCGAUAUCUGCAAUGCUAAGUGCACGUCUCAAUCUGAUUUCAAGAGUCACCUCCGAGGCAGAAGGCACCAAUCAAACUUGCAAGCCUGAGUUCUCGGUGCAUGCAAUUGAGAUGCCAAAACAUAAGUAAGCAUAUAAAGGAAUCGCAGAACUUAAGUAGGACGUCUUCUAUUUUGGGGCUAACUUAUACGCAAGUUGUUGCCUGGGCUGGGUAGACUCAAUUCUCCCCCCGUCCCAUAUUAAUUGUCGCUUAAACGGAUGUAUCUAGCACUGAAAUAUGUCGAGAUACAUCUGUUUCAGUGACAACUAAUAUGUGACGGUGGGAGUAUAACUUAGCAACUGUUAGCCUGGGCUUGGUAGACUCAAUUCCAGAACUUAGCAACUGUUAGCGGUUCAUGCUGAGAGAAGCUCGUAUGGCUUCCCAUUUGGUACUUUGCACAUGAGAGAUGCAAAGCAUAUUUUGGCCAUUCUUCCACUAGCUUCAACUGUCAUCAAUCCACUCUGUUGGAACAUUCUGAACAGAUCACGAGCUUCACAAAUAUGCAUGUUUCUUA